AAUCAUAAAUGCCCCCGAAGACGGCAGAACGGCAGAGGCUGGCUGGUGCGGGAAUCGCCAUCUGCCACCCCUCUUUCGGGUGGAUUCGACCGACCCAUUGGCAUUAUCGUCCCCAUUUCUCCAACUUCUGUCAGGCUUUGAGUUUUGAAGCCUUAAGCCUUGAAAUCUGGAGGGUGAGAGGCCGUUUUCUGGGUGGGGAUAGCAGAUUGGUAACAACUAACCCCCUCGAAUAUCAUCCGUGGCAAUCGGCCAACCGGACGCUCUUUCCUCCUUGCGAGGCAACCGACACAGACACUAUUCGCGAGGCAAGCUGUCAAAAGUACGCAAAGCGCCAAUCUGGCACUCACUGGAGUCACUCAAUCAGUGGUUCAGUGCAAAUGACGAGCGAAGGAAUGCCGAUCGGAUGACGGCGCGCGCAUUAGCGGCGUUUAGUGUCUUUUAGCGGGCUUUGGUG